AUGUUCUCCCAAUCCUCUUGGCAGUUUUCCCAAGACGCCUCAAUGAACCAACACAAUGGUGGAACCCCCUGCCCACCGGAUACCCAGGAAUCCAAUCUAUCAUUGGACCUGUCCCUCAACUUUGGAACACUUUCAUCCCAGACUUCCACUCCCACUCUGACUCAACUGUCUGAAGCAUACAAAAACCCAUUACAAUCCUCACCCCAACCAGCAGCAUAUACCAUCUCCGCUUCUGCCGUUGAUGAAAGCGAUGCAGCAGAUGCCUGCACUGCUGCUGCCCUUUCAAUCUUAGAAAUGUCACAAACAACUCCCAACACAGCUUCUCCACAGAAGGACGAGCCUCCACCAAAUCUUAUUUUCAAAACUGAUCCCCUUGCAAAUCUUUGGAAGGAACAGUCUGAUUUACUGCGUUGUUACGCCUGUCCAAAUUCCCUUCGCACCGCCACAAUUGCAAAACUGUUUUUCACAGAGGAACAAUUUGGAAACGACGCCGUCAUGCUAGCCCUUGGAACUACCUUUCUUCUUCGCAGCAAUUCCCCAUCCUACUUUUCCAAUUUCCAAGUUGGCAUUAUUUUCAAAACCAACUUGCGCUGCAAAAACGGGGCUCCACUGGAUAUGCAUGUUGAGAACUCAGCUGAACUUGACCGUGAGAUAGAUACACUCUCAAGUCUGGCUUCUGCCAUUGGGAAAAAGGACGGCAGAAAGCUGCAGUUGGGUUUUGCAAACGUGAAACGCAGACUCACUGUUCAACUUGAGAUUGUCUACGUCUUGCAUCACCUCAUUCGAGGGCUACUCCGACAUGUUCUUCCACUGGCAGCAAUAAAACAUGAUGAUUGUUUCUGGUUUCUGAGUCUGUUGAUGGUAUCAUGUCCAACAGAGAAUGACUGCUAUGAAACCAUCCUCAAGGUGGCUGUUGCAACCCAAGCAAUCCAGCAAUCACCUCUGCUGGAGCAUCUUCGCACAUUGUGGGAAAAUCGCAGCACAGAACCAAGUGUAGCCUUCCUUCAAAAAAUUCAUUUGUUAUUCUCUUCCCUCUCCCACAAUUUUCCAACUUCAGAUCUCAAUUCCUCUUUGAGGGACACUUGGGGAUUGCUGGAGCGAGCUGGGCUGAAAAGCACUGUACUUGUUCAGCAGUUCCACAUUGUGAGCUUUGGAAUUAAACACCAGCGGGGUGUGAUUGUCAAUCCAGUGCACUACUUUUUCACCACAGUCGUUGCCAAGGCCGUUCACCUUUCUUCAAAACACUCUUGCACCCAAGGUCAACUCCAGGGGGCGCUGAUACUGUUCAAAACCUACAUAUUUGAGAGAAAAAAACAACGCAUUACUAUUGGCAAAGAACAGCGCCAUGUUCUAGCCCAGAAACGCCCGGUUCAGGCCCUCAAAUCUACAUUAUCAAAUACUCAUUUGAUGCUGGAGGAAAGUCUUGACAGUGCCCUAAAAUCGAUUUUGGUUCUGCCAGAGAUUCUACCGCGCGUCUCUCAUGGUCAACAAUCCACACCGCUUCCAAAGAAUCUUGGAUCUCUUUGCUGUUUAAAACAAGUCAGCCACAAAGACAAGAAUCAAUUUUUUCGUCUGUGGCAAAACAACGGAGACCCAACCACCACAGUUGUCACACCUGCUGGAAGUGACUCCAAAAUCUUUCUGGAGAGUGUGAAACGGUUACGAAAAGAUUGGCUUCGAGACGAUAUUAUCAAUUAUUUUUUUGCAAAGCUGCAGGACAGAUCCAGGCGGAGAUACGAUGCCAAUCUUGUUUCCUCAAAUCAGCUCUGCUGGUUCUUCACAUCUUAUUUCUUCACAAGGGCAAUGAACUUAGAAGGUCGCUCUGGUUUUGGGAAGGGACACUCAAAUCCUGAUGCAGGCGUCGACAAGAGCGGUGAAUACUUCAACAAGUACAACUACAAUAAUGUCAGGAGAUGGACCAAGCGGCAGCUCCCAAGUGGUACCAAUCUGUUCCAAAUCGAUAAACUGGCCAUUCCUGUCAAUUUUGGGGGCGUCCAUUGGAUGCUUUGUGUUGUGUUCAUCCAGAGGAAGGAAAUCCAUAUAUUUGAUUCCCUCCUUUCUCACAAAUACGACUCCUGCCUUGUGCGCAGUGUUGUUUUCCAGUACAUUCUUGACGAGUACCAAUCGGUCCAUGGCAAACCAAUGGACAGAACAGAGAUUGACCAUUGGAGGUUUGCAGACAAAGUUUUAAAUGCUCCACAACAGCGCAACACUCGGGAUUGUGGUGUCUUCACUGUUCUUUUUGGCGAAUACCUUGCUACAGGGCACCCUAUGGAUAGACUUGGAAAAGAACUCAGGGGUAGCGAGAAAUACGAGGCUGUGGUUUCUCGUUGCCGCCUAAGACUUGCAGCUAUGGUUCUAAACAAUCUAGAUUUAGACUAG